AUGAUGCCAUCGCCGUACAAAUUGACAGCGACCCAAGUGCUUGAGUUACUCAAGAACAACACGCUCACGGUAGAGGCAUACGCUAGUUCUCUCCUGGACCGCAUCCAGGCGCACGACAGCACUGUCAAAGCCUGGGCGUACCUCGAUCCCGAGCUCGUACUCAGCCAGGCACGAGCUCUGGACCAGAUCCCUGACGCCCAGAGGGGGCCACUGCACGGAGUGGCGAUAGGCGUAAAAGAUAUCAUGAACACCGAAGACAUGCCCACGCAAUUCGGCUCUCCCAUUUACAAGGGGCACCAGCCACGCUUUGAUUCAUCUGCAGUGGCGAUUCUACGAGCGGCUGGAGCUCUCAUCUUCGGCAAAACAACCACGACAGAGUUCGCCGUCACCAACUCGGGACCCAACACCACGAACCCUCACGACCCAGAUCGCACCCCAGGCGGCUCCUCGUGCGGAUCUGCCGCAGCCGUAGCCGACUUUCAUGUGCCGCUGAGUCUUGGAGCCCAGACCGGCGGGGGCAUCAUUCGCCCAGCAUCCUUCACGGGCGUCUUUGCCAUGAAACCAACCUUCAAUGCAAUCUCAGUCGAGGGCCACAAACCAUUUGCCCCGAGCUUUGACACCUUCGGCUUCUUUGCCCGCGGCGUUGAAGAUCUACAGCUGCUUGCAGAUGUCUUUGCCCUCCAGGACGACAAUCCCCUCCAGGACAUGCCGCUGGAGAAAACCUCUGUUGCCCUGAUGAAAACCCCGUUGUGGUCCCUGGCAGGACCCGGUACAGUGUCCGCCAUGGAAGAGGCUGCGGAAAUCCUCAAGAACAGUGGCGCAAAGGUCCAAGAAGUUGCGUUUCCACCCGAGGUCGCCGAUGGACCCGGCCUGAGGCGAAUACUGAAGGUCAUCGUUCUUGGUGAAGCCCAGGCAUGCCUUCUCAGGGAGUAUCAAAUCGGCAAGGAAAGCCUGGCUCAAGAGAUCUGUGACAUAGUCGAAAACACGUCCAACGGCACACGCGAAGGGCUGGUGAGGGCCUCCGAGACCUGCGCCAGCAUGCGGGAAAUCGUCAACGAUCUCGCCGACAACUAUUCUGUCAUACUCACACCUAGCGCCGUGGACGAAGCUCCACUCGGGCUUUCUGACAUGGGGCGCGCACAUUUCAAUACCAUGUGGACGGGGUUUCACAUGCCCAUCAUCAACGUUCCCGCGUUUGUCGGGGCAAACGGCAUGCCUGUCGGCAUAUCUCUUGUAGCCCCCAGGUUCCGUGACCAGCAGCUCCUGAGGACUAGCAGAGUACUUGGCGAGAAACUCAUGGCCCAGGGUGGUUGGAAGUUGUCUUCGCGUGUCAAAUGUGUCGGAAAAUGGGAUUUCUACGGUUGUCACUGCGGGGACCGUGAUUCCGAAUCCCAAGAGGAAUCCGGUUGUGAAGGCGGGGACUGUGAUUCCCAAUCCCAAGAGGAAUCCGGUUGUGAAGGCGGGGACUGUGAUUCCCAAUCUCAAGAGGAAUCCGGUUGUGACGGCGGGGACUGUGAUUCCCAAUCCCAAGAGGAAAUUCGGUUGUGA